AUGUCGUUGUCGGCAAAUAUUAGUGUUGAGGCACCGAUAGAAAACCAAAUACAGGAGAUUGCAUACGAUGGCACCGAGAUAUAUCAACUUCCACCAACUCUGUCGGAGCAUCUGGCAAAAUGUGCGACCAAGAUCGAUUUCAGUAAAACAUCGAGUGAUAUCGACCUACUGCAGCAAUCCAUCAAGAAGGAGGACGAAAAGAAGGAAGAGGAAUCAAAGGACCCGAAAGAGCAGUUCCAAUCGAGCCUUUGGCCUUGGGAUUCAGUGCGCAACAAGCUUAAGGAAGCGCUAACAGAAGUGUGCGUCCUGUCGGACGUGCUGAAUAUUGCCAAGGAAAAGCGGUACAUGGUGCUGGAUCCGAUACCGCUGGAGCCUCCCGAAGUGAAGCAGAUGGUACUGGUGUAUGCUCGCAAAAAGGCUCUUGCCAGUGCCGCGAACAUUCUGCAGAGUGGUGUCGAGCGACUAAAGGCCGUCCAAAGCGAUCAAGGAGUGAAUCGGACCAACUCAACCGACUUUCACAUCGAAUUGUUGCGUUUGCGACGUAACUGGCGUCUCAAGAAGGUAUCCAACACGAUUAUUGGUGACUUGAGCUAUCGUACGGCCGGCUCAAAGUUCAUGCACCCGGGAAUGUUCGAAGUGACAAAGGCGGAAGACGAAGAAUCUGGUUCUCCUCCCGCCAGUCCAUCAGGGGCUGGGGCUGCCGGUACCGUUGCCUGUCCGAAGAUUAACUCUGCGCUUCGCGUAAACGUCCCGACGGAACUGCAGGGCGUGGCAUUUAUUAAGGUCAUCACACAGAAAGAUCAGGAAGAUCUGUGCACGGCCACGGUUAACAUGAUGGGAUCAACACAUCUCGUUCCGCAGGCUGGUGCGUGGCAACAGACGCUCGAGUAUGCCCAAAACGUGCUCUUCUGUAAAGAACUGUUUAACCAGCUGGCUCGCGAAGCUGUCCAGCUACAGGCACCGAUUCCACACGUCGUCGUCGGUAACCAGAUACGGGCCACGUUGUUGCCGGGUAUUCAGCUUAUUAUAAGCUUGUGCCACUCAACGUCUUCCGAUUCGAAUAACAGCUCGGAACCGAUCAAGGAUCAUGAUCACGUGCUUGAGCACAGCCUGCAUCAGUUGCUGCGUGAGUUCCAUCACAAGAACACGCAUCAUCCUUUCCCACAUCCGGCCAGUGGGCCGCUAGGACCAAGCAAGAAGCGUAUGCUUGCCGGACCGUCCGCGUACGAUCGUCACGAGCUGCUGGAAAUGACUAAAUCGCAAACCUUACUCGAACAGAUUAUCGCUCAGGCGCAGCAUAUUUUCACUCGCCGGCGGACACAGUACGUGCUCGAUACGGUGGCUCGCGACGUUAAGGAUCCCAUGAUCACGUCUCAUUGGAAUGCGAUGAACAGCCCAACGAUGUCGUGCGUAAAAAUUAACAUCACCUCGCACGGGUAUGACGCGAACCUGCGCACUUCGCUCGUGAUCCACGUGAAGGAGCGAUCGCUAAAGUGCAUCUGCCGUGAUGGCCGCAUCAUGCACAUGUCGUACGAACCGCAGGAGUUGCGUGAUCUGAUCCUUUGCCAAAUCAGCCAGCAUCAGAUUGUGUGUCUGCAGAAUCUGGCCAAAUGCAUGGCCUGGCAGAUUCUCUCGAGCAGUAGCCACCUUGGCAUCGGCUCGGUCGAACCGCUUGGUAAUGCGAGUUCGUGCGUACUUGCCUCACCGAACAGUGACCGGUUGAUCGCAGUGCAGGUGCGCUGCGAUUCCCAGAUCGACGUGAAGGUAUACAUUGCUCAAAGCCCGGCAAAGGACUUCUUCCCGGGAUCUCUCGUGCAGGGGCGCCACUGGGAACACCUGGGCGGUCAUUUCAAGGAGGUUCGGUUCGACAAGAUGGAAGGGAAAAACUUCCACAACAAAAUGGAAUUCCUCAUGGCAAGCCUCACCAGCCAAUCGUAA